CAUUCAAAAUAAAUCGAUAUUAUUGAUACGUAUAUAACACACCCUGUAAAAGAUGCCAGUUGCUAUCGUCACAGGAGGUGCUCAAGGUUUGGGAGCUGCAGUUUGCCAAUUGCUUUUGGAGCAGGAUUACAAAGUAUGCAUUGCAGACAUCGAGGAAUGCAAAGGAGAACAAUUACUCGAAGAGCUGAAAACAAAAUUUGGGUCUGAAAGUGUCAUCUUUUCUUCAUGUGAUGUAUCAAGAGAAGAAGAUUUUGAAAGAACUUUCAGAAAAACUAUUGACAAGUUCCUCAGCAUAGAUGUUUUGAUCAACAAUGCAGGAAUCGUCAUGGAGCAAAAUCCCAGAAAACUGAUUGAUGUCAAUUUGAUAGGACCGAUUUUUGGCUGUCAACUUGCUAUUAAAUACAUGAGUAAAACAAACGGUGGUAAAGGAGGAGUUGUCAUUAACACAUCAUCAAUAUUAGGUUUUGUUCCUUACUCCGCCUUACCUUCUUACGUAGCAUCAAAACAUGCCUUGAUUGGUUUGACAAGAAGUUUUGGGCUGCCGUAUCAUUUUUCGAGAGAUGGCAUCACAUUUUCGGCUCUGUGCCCUUCCUUAAUGAAGACAAACAUUCUCAAAUCGAUGAACGAAAAUUCUCUGACGCAGAACUUUGACGUGUCAGGUUUCGAAGAAGCCCUGCUUGAGCCAGAAUACGUAGCUAAAGGUGUUUUGAAGAUCUUUGAAGACAGAAUCAACGGUUCAACUCUUGUAGUCACGAAAAGGAAAGGAUUUGUUUACAUUGGAGUGCAGGAAGAGUUAAAAGACAUACCGGUGGAAUGACUGGGAUGAGAAACUCCCUUGAUGACGAAUGUGAUGACGAUAAUGAUAAUCGAUAGGAAUUCUCGUAUGUCAUGAAAACGCAAAAACUACUACAUCAGUAUUUUAUUUGUCAAGUCAUUUUGAGUAACCCAUUGUAUAUGGGUCAUAAAAAUACCAUUUUGUUAGAGUAUUUCUAUAGUAGUUUAUAAACUACUAAUAAUAA